CAUUAAUAAAGCAUAAUCUGUGGGUGACUUGAAUAAAAGAAACAAAUUAGGUGCUGGCGCGAAAAGUGUAGUCUGUGGAUUGCCAUUGAUGUUGAAACUUAAAGCGGUUUCUGAACCCACAAACCCUAACCCUAGCGAUAAUGCGAAAAAGACGCAAAGACUCGAUCUUGGAAGCGGAAGCGAAGUACUUUACAUUCCCAAGUUUCUAUCUUACGAUGAAGCCUGGAAAUUUUUCGAUUACCUCAACGACCACAUUCCUUGGACCAGGCCUACAAUCCGCGUCUUCGGUCGCUCUUGCCUCCAGCCUAGAGACACAUGUUAUGUUGCAAGUGCAGGAUUGCCAGACUUGAUUUACAGUGGAUAUCAGCCAAAAGCUUAUUCCUGGGAUGAUUUUCCUCCACUUAAGGACAUCUUGGAUGCAGUCCAUAAAGCUCUUCCAGGUAGUAGAUUUAACAGCUUACUUUUGAAUAGAUAUAAAGGUAGCAAUGACUAUGUAAGCUGGCAUGCUGAUGAUGAGAAACUUUAUGGGCCAGCCCCAGAGAUUGCUUCGGUCUCCUUUGGAUGUGAACGGGAAUUUUUGUUGAAGAAGAAACCUGGUGCAUCAUCCCAAGAAAGAAGAUCUGAUGGUGAACCUAUGUCCAAGAGAGUAAAGAAGAGCAACCUUGUUGAUCAACAUUCGUUCACACUAAAGCAUGGAUCAUUGUUGGUAAUGAGAGGCCACACUCAGCGUGAUUGGCUGCAUUCUGUACCUAAGCGUGCAAAGGCAGAUGCAACUCGUAUUAACCUUACCUUUAGGCAUAUAGUCUGAUGGCUCUUUGGAUUUGAAGCAAACCAAUUGCCAAUUUCAGGCGUGUUUGUUUAUUACUAUGUUAUCCAUGUUUUUAAUCCUGAAGAGAAGGCAUGUAUGCUUUUCCUGAUAUGAAUUUUAAAAGGUUCAUGUUGAGCCUUUUGUUUUCGGUUAAAUCUUUUUCCAUGACCUGAGUGCCACUUAUUUCUUCAAUCAUCAUACAUCGGAGGAAAAUUCAUUUGUGGCCUUAAGUAUAGAUGUUAGCUAGAUGUAUAUGGGAGGCAGAUUGAUGGAAUUUAUGGAAAUGAAGUUGAGAGGUUCCC